AAUCCUUGGACAAAUUAAACUAGAAUGUGUGUUUCCUCUGAUGACCCAGUCCAGGGCAAUCAUGCGUUCAAGUGCAUGCACGUCCCAGGCUCUACUGUAUAGGUCGUGAACCCAGACAGCUAGAGGCAGGGGGCCAGCUCCUCAGCAGGGAGUCACAGGACUUGCUAUCUUGGAGAAGGAAAAGGGUGGGUACUGGGCUUAAUGAAGGGCGUACGAGCAUCACACAAAGCAGGGGUGGGAUAAGUAGGAGGCAGCAGUCCACACUCUAGAAAGAACUUGAAUUCUGGCACGCAAUGGACGAUUCAGAAACAAACGUUAAAGGUGCCUUUCUGAGAGAAGCGGGUGGACAACCAAGGAAAUGCCAGUGCCUCAGUCUUUGGGAAGCAUUAGAAGGCUAAAAGAGGAGGAGAUCUCUUAAAAGAGUCGAGAAGAUGUCAAUCCAGGCUCCUGGACCCUGCCCCCCCCAAGGAGGGGCCGGACAGCAUAAAAGAUACUCGCUCGCCGCUCCAGAGGUCAGUACCUUGAGCCUAACACGUCGAUUAUAUCAUGUUGAAGAUGAACGGGUGGCAGCGACAGAGCCAAAAUAACAACCGGAACCUGAGGAGAGAGUGCUCCCGAAGGAAGUGCGUCUUCAUACACCACCACACCUGAAAGCAGAACCUGGUCCAACUGCAGUCAUGGCGGCGGAGUCCUUGCCUUUCACCUUUGAGCCGGUGUCCAGCUGGGAGCUGGAAGCCUGGUAUGAGGAUCUGCAGGAGGUCCUGACCUCAGAUGAAAUUAGGGGCACCUAUAUCUCAUCCCCAGGAAACGAAGAGGGAGGAUCAAAAGCCUUUACUGCUCCUGACCCUGCGGCCCUGGCCUGGCUGACCGAGGAGCCAGGGCCAGCAGAGGUCACAAGCACCUCCCAAAGUCCUCGCUCUCCAGAUUCCAGUCAGAGUUCUAUGGCUCAGGAGGAAGAGGAAGAAGAGCAAGGCAGAACUAGGAAACGGAAACAGAGUGGUCAAUGCCCAGCUCGGGCUGGGAAGCAGCGCAUGAAGGAGAAGGAGCAAGAGAACGAGAGGAAAGUGGCACAGCUGGCUGAAGAGAAUGAACGGCUCAAGCAGGAAAUAGAACGCCUGACCAGGGAGGUGGAGACCACACGGCGGGCUCUGAUCCACCGCAUGGUCAGUCUGCACCAAGCAUGAACAGUUGGCGUCACCUCCUGUCUGUCUCUCUGGGAGUGUACCCAACACUAUCUCGCCAGUGCCAUGCAUGUGACCCUCCACUGCAGUGCUGAGGAGGGGAACUGAGGGCAGACAGAGGAGAGGGUCUCGGCCUGUACAUAUACACUGCAGUGCUGAGGAGGGGAACUGAGGGCAGACAGAGGAGAGGGUCUCAGCCUGUACAUACACACUGUACAUUCUUUAUUACUGUCCAUAGCCAGUAAAGUGACUUUGUGUGAA